AAUAGAUAUUUUAAAAUGAGUGCAAUAAAAAGCAAAUUAAUACGAUACGAGCAAACGAAAGAUUUAGAAGAACUACGAAGCUUUAUCUCCACGUUAAAAUUUGAAUCUGUAACUAAAUUUAUUUCUUCGGUAUGGUCGUGUAAAGAUUCAACGCAAUUGAUUAAAUACUUGCUCGAAGGCUUUGCUGAUAAUGAUUCCACCAAUCAUCUUCAACAACAGAUCAUUAAAUAUAUAUUGAACGAAAUGGGUUCAAAUAUACUUGUCACAGAGGCACAACAUCAAAUCAUCAACAUAGUUUGUAAUAAAAUUAAAAGAUUGCCAGCUGAAUAUCAAGUAGAAUUGACUAAUAUAUGUGUUGGUAUGAUACACACCGCUGACUCGAAAAGCUCUUGGAUAUGGAGUAAGAUUCUACCAAUGUUAAUUUCGAUGCUGAUUAUGCAAAAUACAGUGAAUUUUAAUGGAAAGAGUCACACUGGUGCUGGAUUCAAAACUGAAAUUAUAAAUGCCAUAUGUCUUGUUAGAUGGAAUUCUGAUAUGAUAAUUUCUUUAGCGUCAAUGUUUGGGCAAAUGAAGUUAACAAAGGAUGAGUAUCAUCAAGUCAGUUGUAAACUAUGCGAAAAUAUGAUCAAAGUCAAGUCUUCAAUAUUACCUGCUCUAUUUGAUGAAUUACUGAAAUUGUGCGAAACACAUGGUGAUAUAUACCCUAUAUUGUCUUUAUGCCAUUAUUAUUCCAUGUGGUUAUAUAAAGAUUCACUUUAUAUCCAACGAGAAUUACAGGAUAUUCCCGAUAUGGGGACCGAUGUUGAUGAAUUAAUUCAUUCCGAGCAAUUGAUAUUGUUGCACAUCCAAUCUAUAGCGACUAGUUCACCGCAAUGCAACUGGAUUACACGUUUUAUUCAAACUUUACGAACAAUAAAUAAAUGGCCCAAUUUUGUAUUAUCUACCUUUCCAUCAUUGAUGUUACUCAUACUGGCAUCCGCUGAUGAUCUGAAGAAUGCAGUGUACGAAGUGAUUCGAGUAGCUUGCUUAAGAAACAUUAUGGCAUCGGCUCUUGUCAGUAAAUCUGCUUGGGUCAAAGGAACAAUUACAGAAUCUGAGGAUUUAAAUAGUUUGUUUUUGAAGCUGGUUCAUAUUAGUGUUAAGAGAAAUGCUGUUACAACACAAAGCCUUGUAGGACUUGCUAUUAACUUUCUGCAUUUUUCUGGAGAAUAUUCGAAACAAUUAAAUAAUAUUGGUAUUAUUAUCUUGAUCAAAUUAUGUCGCACGCAAAAAAGCUUGGCUUCUUCGAUAAUUAGCCAACUGAUGAAUAACAUUGAUGAUUCACAAUUGGAAUUGAAGUAUUCAAAUUGCUUCAAUGAUAUGGUUAAGUAUAUACCAUUGUCACUUAUUGAAAAUCAAGAAAUUUUGUUAAAUGGAGCAUUGAAGGUAUCGGAGAAGUAUCAAAAGUAUAUAUAUAAAUCAAUAAUGCCAUUGAUUAAAUAUUCGGCACCUAUGCGUGAUUCUAUCAUAAUGUUGAUACGCAAAAAUAUAUUCAUGAGUGAUAAUACAUUUGUCAGGGAGAUGGGUGUUUAUGGACUUUGUUUGUUAAUUCAGAAUUUGAAAAUCGAUUUGCCAAAUUGUGCUAAUCUUGACCAGCAAACACUAUUAACUCGAUCAUCAUCUAUUUUUUCUCAGAUGUGCACACAAGUUAAUUUUAGAUCAAAAUGA